AUGAGAAGAAUCGACGUAAGAUGGACUAAAAGAACGCUAGAGUGGAUCCCAAGGGACGCUAAACGUCCCCGAAGGAGACCGCCAACGAGAUGGGGUGACGUGUUCGCUGCACGGAUGGACCAGCUGAGAGCUCAGCUGGAUACGGGUCAAGGACCUCGUCAACGUCACUCACGAAGCUUGAGAACAUCUUGGAUGACAAUGGCGAGGGAACGAAACGAGUGGAAGAGAUGCUGA